AUGCCGGGCGUUGUCGAAACACCGCUCGGCGCGACGGCGUCACCGCUGGGCCUGGGGUUCAGUGUCGGACAUCAAAAGGUUGAGCUGGACAUCGACUUCGCGACCAAGAGUCUCAAAGGCAAUACGGCCAUCACAAUCCACCCCCAGUCCAAAGACCUUAGGACGAUCCGCUUGAACUUCCGCCAGGGCGAAAUCAAACACGUCAAUGUCAACGGGAAAGCCGCGACGGCCAAAUUCACCGAUCCCUCCGAAUCCCUCCAGUUGUACGGAGCGCAAUAUCAUGAGCGCCUCACGCCGAAGAUUGAUAGCCUAUUGAAGAGCCCACCCGAUCCUGAGCUAUGGAUCACCAUUCCCAAGAGCAUUCGGAUUGAUGAACUCGACCCAUACUCUGCCGAGGCCCAGGAUCAGAUGGCACUGCAGGGUGCUGGGAACGAUGUGGAUGGUGCAACGAGUGCAAGAGCACCAGAGGCGAAUCUCCCACGGUUCACGGCAGUCAAAUUAAAUAUCGAGUUCGUGGUGGACCAUAUUCGGGACGGACUACAAUUUGUCGGGGUGGAUAACGGUGACCGGCGCUAUCCUCACGCCUAUACCACGAACUCGCUAGAGUCUGGCGUUGGUUGCCCUCUGUUUCCUUGUGUGGAUGAUUCCUCAUCCCGUUGUACCUGGGAACUUUCGGUAACGUGUCCCUCUUCACUUGGGGAUGUCUUCGAUCGCAAGGCGCGCGAUGCAUCAUCCUCGCAAUCUCGUUCGCGGACCCAAGUUCACCACAUUUCGGCGGACGAUGAGGGCCUCGACAUGUCUGUGGUCUGCUCGGGUGAUCUGACUGAUGACAUUGUCAACCCCGAUGAUCACACCCGAAAGACAGCCUCAUUCGCAUGCUACUCGCCUCUUUCCGCCCAGCAGAUCGGGUUCGCCGUCGGUCCCUUCGAGUACGUCAAUCUGGCCGACUUCCGUGAGAGUGACCAGGACGAACAACUGGGACUCAACGCCAUUCCUCUACACGCCUUCUGUCUUCCUGGAAGAGGGGAUGAGGUGCAGAACACCAGCUUCCCAAUGGCUCAAGCGAUUGACUUUUUCUCGCUGUCAUACGGGUCAUAUCCCUUUUCCAGCUACAAGAUUUGUUUCGUGGAUGAUGUGGCAGUUGAUACAUUACCGAUGGCAUGCAUGUCAAUUUGCAGCAGCCACCUUCUUUUCCCGGCAGAAAUAAUUGACCCAAUGUAUGAUUCGACGCGAGCGCUGGUGCAUGGUCUCGCAUGUCAAUGGACCGGAAUCAACAUCAUCCCCAACGAACCGGUCGACACUUGGGUGACGGUUGGUGUAGCUUGGUACAUUACCGAUACCUUCAUGAGGAAGCUCUGCGGGAACAAUGAAUAUCGAUUCCGGCUGAAGCAAAUGUCUGAUAGAGUCUGUGACCUGGACUUUGAGCGGCCAUCGAUCUAUGACAUGGGAACUAUCUUGAAAAUCGAUCCCUCUGAAUACCGGUUCAUUGCGUUGAAGGCGCCGCUGGUUUUGUUUUCUCUCGAUCGUCGCCUCACCAAGGCGAGUGGGAAAGCAACCAUGUCGCGGAUUAUUUCCCGGCUUUUCUUGAACGCUCGCAUGGGCGAUAUUCCCAACGGAGCGGUCACAUCUUCGCUUUUCCAAAAGACGUGCGAGCGCCUCGGGCAUGCGAAGUUGGAUGUUUUCUUUCAGCAAUGGGUAUACGGUGCAGGAUGCCCGCGCUUUCAAGCCACGCAACGAUUCAACAAGAAGAAGCUUGUAGUCGAGAUGAUGAUCCGACAGGUUCAGUCUGACCAACCGUCGUCUCGAGAUCUGGAUAAGCAUGCCUUUCUGCGGGAUGUCAAGGAAGAGGUUCGGCAGGUCUAUGCUGGUUCCGUUCAACCGGUCUUUACGGGAUCCAUGACUAUUCGUAUUCACGAAGCCGAUGGCACUCCCUACGAGCACAUUGUUGAAAUCAAAGAGGGCGUGACCAAGUUUGACAUUCCCUACAACACAAAAUACAAAAGGCUCAAGCGGAACAAGAAACAACGGGAACGAGCAGUCGCGUCGGGCGAGGCCGACGCCCAAGAAGACGUGCUCCUUUACUGCCUUGGAGAUGUGCUUCAAAACGAAGAGGAGACGCAGGCAUGGCGUUUAGCUGAUUGGACAAAGGAGGACGAAGAGCGCAUGGGACAAGAAUCCUACGAAUGGAUCCGCAUGGAUGCAGAUUUCGAGUGGAUUUGCAAAUUGUCCCUGGGAAUGCCUGGGUACAUGUACCUGUCGCAGCUCCAGCAAGAUAGAGAUGUCGUGGCUCAACUGGAGUCCCUGCAGUACAUGACCGCUCAGAGGGAGCACCCGCUUAUUUCGACCAUUUUUCUUCGAACCCUAAUGGAUAAUCGAUAUUUUCACGGGAUUCGCGCUGCGGCAGCACGGGCGCUGGUCAAACAUGCCAAAGAUGAGGUUGACUGGAUCGGGCUGUUUCAUCUGGAGAAAGCGUUCCAGGAGCUUUUCUGUCUUCCAGGCUCACCCAUGACCCGUUCAAACGACUUCUCCGACCGGGCUGCCUACAUAUUGCAACGGGUCAUUCCGGAAGCCAUUUCGAACGUUCGUGACAACAGCGGCAAGACUCCGAUGCGCGUCAAGCGUUUUCUUUUCGACAAGCUAAAGUUCAAUGACAACUCAAACAACGAAUUUUCGGACAACUUUUACGUCGCCUCGCUGAUGCGAUCCUUGUGCCAUGCCAUGCUUGGUAGGCACGAGGCGCGACCAGAGGAUGAACUGAAUCACUUUGACAUGGAGCGCGUUCUCGAGACCCAAGCUGAAGAACAGUUGGAGAAGGAUGCCAUCGCCGAGUUCGAUCGGUACCGACGCAUGGACGAAUGGUCCAGCUCUUUUCAAAAUCUGUAUUCCCGGGCCGCGUUGCAUUGUCAGAUGGAACUCAUGCAGGCCAAAAUCUUACCUCUGGAUUUGAUGCGGUUCAUUCCAUACACUCGGUUUGGAACGUAUGAUCUUCUCCGACUGGAAGCGUUCGCAUGUCUGGUUGAUCUCGACAUCGCCAAAAGCCCCGACCUUCUUCGGUGGCUCGCUUUUAGCAUGUCCGCUGAUCCGUCUGCUUGGGUCCGCCAUCAGUGCCAACGCUUAUUUGGCCAGGCUUUAGCACAGAUUGCCUUCGGCCGGCCCCAGCAAGAGACGCCCACGCAGGCUGACGGUUUGAUCAUUGAGCAAGAAUCGUCCACGGAACUCCGCCAAGCCGACCUCGCGCGUCGACAAACAGUCCCAGGCGCCAUCGAGGCUCUCAGGCAGGAAUUGUCCGAUGACGCAUCCAUGAAGGACUACCUGUGGGCCGCAUGCAAUUCGCCAUGCCUUGGAGCUCUGGAGCUCUCGGAACUCACGGACCUCUGCCGAGUUUUGUUUGAAGCGAGAACGUCCCGAAUUGUGAGACUGAAGUACCCUCGGUUCUGGAAUGUCCAGAAUCUGGGACAGGGGAAGCUCCGUUUCUUCCGAUCCGCCCGUGCCCGUACCAACCUGGGCUCAUCCAAGGAGUCUGGUUCAAAGCGUAAGCGUGAAGACCAGGGAAUGCCUCCACCCGCUCCUCGAAUUACUUUCAAGCAGUCUAAGAAGAGCGCCGGCCCCAGCACCCCGUCUUUUACGGCUCUUCCCAAGCUCUCUAUCCCCAACCCCUCGUCUACCCCCAAUACGGGUCCCAAUACCCCCACUGCUUCUACUCCCUCGACCCCUGCGAGUGGCGGACUCAAGCUCAAGCUGAAGUUUGGACAGAAGUCAAAAUGA